GUCGACCCGGGCUAUGAUUCCACCCUUUCAAAUUGGCGUGCCGGUAACAUCGCCUAGAAGCUACCAGAAGGAAAACUUUUUGUGGUAUUUUCACGAAGCCAAAAGUUUUUAAUCAGAAAAGACUUCAAGAAGAUUCCUUUUAGCUGAUGGUCCCGAUCAAUCUGACUCUGUGCGUGUAAUUUAUCACGAAAUGACGCAGGUAAAGAACCAGCGUGCUGUAUCUCAUUCAUUCAUUGCAUCAUCCUCUGAUAUUACCGGUCACGUCUGGAAAUAUAAACAGGAUAAUGAUUCAUCAUGUUUAGAACCUGAGAGAAUACAGCGGAUGAAACUACAAACACACUAUGGACUUGAUUGAGAAACACGAAUUUACCAAGAAGACUCAAUUUCCUACAAGAAGGUCAAUUGACAUUUUGCCCCGACGAUCAGUAAAUACUUUGUGGCAUCGUAGUCCCGGAAAAAUCGCUCAUAGACUUGCUCAAGCUUGCGAAAACAGUGUAAAAGUAACAUAUUGUCAAACAAAAAUUGAAGGAGACUUUACCAGCAAAGAAAUAUGUUGGAUCAAAUGGUGGUGACAUUAAUGGAAGGCGCCUUCGUAUGCGUCGGAUUUCCUUAUGUCGCAAAAUUGUGCAGGAACGUGUUUGAUUCGUUGCUCAAAGGUAGGCUCAAAUCACUUUUUUCUUUCUUUCUUUGGACCUUUCUCUUUCGCAUGGAUUAAACAACAAGGAGAAGCAGGAAUUUUUUCUUUUUUCUCCAUUAAUGCAGAUAAAAGUACCCAGUCGGGUAAAUAUGUAAAAACAUAUAUAUUUGAAAUUUAACAUAACCAUGCCAUGUUUAAAAAUUUCUCGGAAAUGGAGGAAGCAGUUUGCAGCAUAACGGUCGAAUUACAUCAUACUUUUUCGGUAUAAAAUACAAUAUUCAAAGUUCAUGAAAGUCGAACAUUUUGAGAUCCUUUGUAACUGGUCACUUUGCCGAUCUAUAUUGGUCAGGUUCUAACAGACCACAACAGUGCACGACUUUAAGUGAUACUAGAGGAGGCUGCCCUUCCCUCUCCCGUGUUUGCCACUUUAAAGCAAAAAGGUCGACGACUGCAAGCCCGGUUCUUGUUGCAUAAGUUCCUUGUUUUGUUCUGAUUUUGAUGAGUGAUGAAACUUGUGUUACCAAGGAAGCCAGUUUACAGAGAAAUAAUUUUAAGACCCUGAUGAGACAGAAUUCAUCAAACAUUUACUUGUUAUGACUGCUGAUGAAUAUAAUGGUUAUUAUAUUUCUUUGGAGGUAUCAGCCAAAUUUGAAUUUUGAAUAAUGAUAAUAUUGAUUAUGAUAAUUUCAUAAACUUCCUCCUAUUUUUUUCAGGACCAUACUUGCCUUUUUGCAGACCUGCAGUACAAAACAAGGUUCCCCAGCAAAACACAACUGAAAGGAUGGGGGUAACUGGUCAAGUUUUAUCUACUAAUGUGCUCAUUGGUUUGAAACCACAAACAGAAAACUAUAUAUCUCCACUACAUUUUCAAAGCUGUUGGCAAUUCUAUCCAAAUCACUCUGGAACAAACACACUGCAAACAUUUUGGGGUAGUAGUAUUGAUGAAACAAAGUUGGAAAACUCUACCCAGGUUAUGCAGCACAGGUCAAAGAAUUGUGAGGGAAUGAACAUGGCUGCCUGCCAACUGAACAGGCUCAAAGAUUUUUAUGGUCAUUUCAGAUCAUCCUCUGGUUUUCCAGCUUGUCUUGAAAGUGAACAGCAUUGCAACCCGAUGGAGAUUUCACACAAUGUCAUGCAGGAUGACAUUUUAAAAAAGGACUGUAAUGAGCCUCAAACAGAGAGGGGAUGCAGUGUGGUAUCAUUCUUGAUGUUCCCUGAUGCAAAAUGUAAGGAUGAUGAUGACAAAGACCAACUAGAUUUACCUGUCAAUGACUGUGUCUACAAUGCAGAUGGUCAGCUUGUACGCAUGUUUAUUUGUUUUGGUACUGAGCAGUCUGAUACAUCAAGUGUUGCACUUUCAAGUGAUUCUGGUUGUACUGACUGGGACUCUGACUCUGAGGAUUUUAUAAUAUUUGACAAUUCAUUUACAGGUGAAGGUAACUGUUGUACAAGGAUUGAUUUUGUUUGUGGACAGUGUGAACUUACCAAAGAGGGUGAAACAAAAUCUGUGCUUCAGUCACCAAGAAUGUACUGUGAAGUUUCAGUAAUGGAAUCAGUUGAUAUAAAAUUUGAUUUCCUUAUUCAAGAAAUGGUGCCACCUAACUUGCAUUAUGCCUCUGAGAAGUUGACUUCCCGAAGAGAAAGUUGUGAAGAAACAGAGAUGAAGAGCAACAAGGAUUUAAUUUCCAGGAAUAUUCCUGGUAAAACUGUGUCUGACAAUAAAAAGAAAAAGAAAGUUUGCUUUAAACCUGAUGAUGAACUCACUGUCACUCAUCCAAUGAUUGUCUGGAGCUUUGCUUACAAACAGGCUCGUAAAGGAACCUGGGAGAUGGAAGCACUGGACCGACUUCGUUUUCAGAAGAGAAUUAAGGAACUUGAUGAAAUUUUAACUCCUUUUUUGCUGGCAAAGAUAGGAAAUGCUGUUUAAUCUUUAUAGUCACAGUUUGUAGUGCUUACAAAAUAAUUACUAGUGCAUUUCAUACAUUUUGAUAGGAACUAUGGACGCUCUAAUAAAUUAUUAAGUAUAAUAUAUUAAGUAUCUGAUUUGAUAGUGCAUGCAAGAUUCAAUUUUUUUAUUCUGUUGGCCUAUUUUAAGAAUCAGCAGUGCUGAUUAAGUUAUCAUUAAUUCAUGCAAUGUGUUUUGAUGCUGCUGUAAUAAUUAUCAAAUCUUUUUUUCUCAAAAAAGAAAUGUUGUAGACCAGUUAAUAACCAAUUGUUAAACCAUUCGAUGAAUCAUAAUACUAAGGGAGUUGGAUGAGUUGGAGUUGGAUGAGUUGCAAUGAAUGAAACAAUUAUUUAGGCAGUAGCAGAUUGUUUGUUUUUUUUUAAAUGAACUUAAAAAACUGUGAUGCAAUAACAGAAGCUAUUUUUUAAAGAUAAUAUCCAUUGAAAAAAAGUCAAUUUCUUUGUUAUUUAAAAGGUGUUCUAUGUUCCCCAUUGUAUUAGGAUGAAAUUUUGUGGCAAAAUAAGGCAAUUAUAUAAUUAUUAUUUUUACUGAACUUUAAAUUUCAGUGAAAAUUUCUUUAAGGCAUUACUUUGAAUGAAUACUAUAAAGAGGGUAGCAAAGGGGGUGGGAGGUCCUGAUUCUGUUUCAUGUGCAAAUUUUAGAAAAAUUCAUGCAUCACAUAUUUAGAAGGGAAAACUUGAAAUCUCUCCUCUUUUGAACAAGGUUUCAGGGAAAUCUUGACUUUUUCACAAAAUAGAGAAAAACUCACUGGUCACAUAUUUUAAGAGGCAAAUCACACCAUGUUAAUUCUAAAAUUCAGUUAAUUUUAAAAUUUGCGUGUCACUCAUUAAAUUUUGCUCUAGUCACAUGUAAACCCUUUGCCUUCCUCAGUUAACUGCAAUUUGAAAAUGCAACUCUAAUCAUACUGAAAUUUAAUACAAUAAACUUCAGUCAUGCAGCAUUGUAAGAAUAGACAUUUCUUGAGGUUUUUGAAAUUAGUUGCACUUCAUUUUGCUUGAGGC